AUGCUUAUAAAGGAAUAUCAUAUUCCAAUUCCAAUGAGUGUGGAAGAGUAUCGGAUUGCCCAGCUGUACAUGAUACAGAAAAAGAGCAGAGAAGAGACAUGUGGAGAAGGCAGUGGAGUGGAGAUCCUGGAGAAUAGGCCAUACACAGAUGGUCCUGGUGGCAUUGGGCAGUAUACCCAUAAAGUGUACCAUAUUGGUAUGCAUAUACCCAGUUGGUUUCGGUCUAUCCUGCCAAAGGCAGCUUUAAGAGUUGAAGAGGAGUCAUGGAAUGCAUAUCCUUACACAAGGACAAGGUAUACGUGUCCUUUUGUGGAGAAAUUCUCUAUUGAUAUUGAAACGUAUUAUAAAGCCGAUCCAGGGGAUCAUGUCAAUGUAUUCAGCCUUUCUCCUGCAGAAAAAAGACAGACAAUUCUUGAUCCAAUUGAUAUUGUUAAAGAUCCUAUCCCACCACAUGAAUACAAGUCAGAAGAGGAUCCAAAGCUUUAUAAAUCUGUGAAGACUAAAAGAGGGCCAUUGUCAGAGGACUGGAUUGAGGGGUACAAGAACAACCCUGGGAAAUAUCCAAUCAUGUGUGCAUAUAAACUGUGCAAAGUGGAGUUCAGAUACUGGGGGAUGCAGUCCAAAAUCGAGAGGUUUAUCCACGACGUUGGCCUUCGGAAGGUAAUGGUGAGAGCCCACCGGCAGGCGUGGUGCUGGCAGGAUGAAUGGUAUGGGCUCACCAUCGAGGACAUCCGGCAGCUCGAGAAGGAGGCACAGCUGAUGCUGGCUCAGAAGAUGGCCCAGUUCAGCUACAGUGAAAGUGAGGCAGAGCAGCACGGAACCAAAGACUCCCCAGGCGAGAAUGAUGCUGAAAGCAACGCCAUGUCCUCCGUCGACGCGGCAGACGCUGCUAGUAAUAUUGGUGAAGCCGUGUCUGGGAGAGGGAUAACCAAGCAAUGGUCCACGUCUUCCAAAUCCUCGCGAUCUUCAAAAAGAGGAGCAAGCCCCUCCCGCCAUAGUAUAUCCGAGUGGAGGAUGCAGAGCAUUGCCAGAGAUUCAGACGACAGCUCAGAUGAUGAAUUCUUUGAUGCACAUGAGGGCUUGUCCGAUAACGAAGAGGUGUUCCCAAAAGAAAUCACCAAAUGGAGUUCCAACGAUCUCAUGGAUAAAAUUGGAAGCUCUGAAUGCGAUGUCCAGGAUGACUUGUAUCAUGAAACAUCAACAGAGUACCAUGUUGGUUCCAGUGUGGAAAGGCUAAGCAUCAUAGAGGAUGAAUCAGUGCAGCCAUCAAUGCAGCCAAGCAAAAUCCACGUCCUAAUCUUGGUACUACAUGGAGGAAACAUCCUGGAUACAGGAAGUGGUGACCAGAAUUCAAAACAAGGAGAUGUCAAUACUAUCACAACAGUGUUUGAUACAGUAAUGAGGGUACAUUACCCAGCUGCUCUUGGACACAUUGCACUCAAGCUAGUCCCUUGCCCAGCCAUCUGCUCAGAAGCCUUUUCACUGGUAUCCAACCUUAGCCCUUACAGUUAUGAUGAAGGAUGCCUCUCCAAUAGUCAGGAUCACAUUCCACUCGCUGCACUUCCUCUGCUAGCAACAUCAUCCCCACAAUAUCAGGAGGCGGUAGCCACGGUGAUUUUGAGAGCCAAUCAAGCCUACAGCGAGUUCAUUAAAUCACAAGAAGGCACAUCAUUUACUGGCCAGGUCUGUUUGGUAGGGGACUGCGUAGGAGGAAUCCUGGGAUUUGAUGCCUUAUGUUACAGCAAUCAGACUGUGUCUGAGAGCCAAAACAGCAGCCGACGAGGGAGUAUUGUGAGUGUGCAGGACACUGACCUCCUGUCUCCUGGAAUAAUUGUGAACAACAGUUAUUGUUCCAGUGGCUCCAACCUGGAGGCCAGCAGACACCUCAGCAGAAGCAACAUUGAUAUUCCUCGGAGCAACGGAGAGGAUCCAAAGAAGCAGCUGCCCCGAAAAAGGAGUGAUUCAUCAACCUACGAAAUGGACACAAUAAAGCAACAUCAGGCAUUCCUUUCAAGAAAUGGUUUACAUUCUAGUGUUCUGAGAAAUGACCCAGGAUCCAGACGAUCGAGUAGCUCCACAAUGUUGGAUGGAGGAAACCUUGGAAAAUUUGAAUUUGAGAUCACGGAUUUCUUCCUGUUUGGGUCUCCCUUGGGCCUGGUCCUUGCAUUGAGAAAAACCGUCAUCCCAGCUCUUGACAUCUUUCAGCUGAGGCCAGCCUGCCAACAAGUCUAUAACCUGUUCCAUCCUGCAGACCCAUCUGCCUCACGCCUGGAGCCCCUUUUGGAAAAGAGAUUCUACGUGUUGCCUCCCUUCAAUAUUCCACGCUACCAGAGGUUCCCAUUAGGUGACGGCAGUUCUGCUCUUCUGGUUGAGACAGUCCAGAACAACCCCAUCCUCCUUGUGGAAAGCAGCCCAUUGGUUGCUCUCCAGCGCCAGGACAGCUUCAUGGAAACCUGUAUACCUGUUCCAGUUCUGAAUUGGCAAGAUGUUUCCAAUAAAAAUGCCGUUUUUGCUGAGUCAGAUGUUGUUCAGUCUCAUGGUGCAGUCUUCAUGGAAAAUGCGUCCCUUUCCACCCCCAUUACAACCCCUCAGUUCAGGGGAUUCCGGAGGGCCAGUGAGAUCAGCAUUGCCAGCCAGGUCUCAGGAAUGGCAGACAGUUACACUGCUUCCAACAUAGCUAACAAAAACAAAAAUCGUCUUAACCAUGCCAGAGGAGGAUUUAGCUUUCUGUCCCAACUUGCCCUCCCUCACAAAUCCCCCACCCAAGCCUCGCCCAAGAGACGUAGGCAACGUAAACAUGAAAUACCCCAGAAUCAUUUAGGAAGAAGGCUUGAGGGGCCAUCAAGUUGGGAUCCGGACUCUAUUCUACAAAUACCAGAUCUGGACAUCAAGAAAGUUGCUGCCAGAUGGUGGGGAACAAAAAGAAUAGACUAUGCCCUUUACUGUCCCGAUGCACUGACUGCCUUUCCGACGGUAGCCUUACCACACCUCUUCCAUGCAAGCUACUGGGAAUCGACAGAUGUAGUCUCCUUCCUGCUGAGACAGGUGAUGAGACACGAAAACUCCAGCAUUCUGGAACUGGAUGGAAAGGAGGUCUCUGUAUUCACUCCUUCAAAGCCCAGGGAGAAGUGGCUGCGCAAGAGGACGCAUGUUAAGCUAAGGAAUGUCACAGCCAACCACAGAAUCAAUGAUGCCAUCGCUAAUGAAGACGGACCCCAGACCUUAACAGGAAGGUUUAUGUAUGGGCCGUUAGACAUGGUCACACUCACUGGGGAAAAGGUGGACAUUCACAUCAUGACCCAGCCGCCAUCUGGAGAGUGGAUUUACUUUGACACCGAAAUCAGCAACAGCAGUGGCCGGAUUUCCUACGUUAUCCCUGAGAACAAGCGUCUGGGGAUUGGCGUAUAUCCCAUCAAGAUGGUGGUCAGGGGUGACCACACAUAUGCAGAUAGCUAUAUCACCGUUCUACCUAAGGGGACGGAAUUUGUGGUCUUCAGCAUUGAUGGUUCUUUUGCAGCCAGCGUGUCUAUAAUGGGUAGUGACCCCAAAGUCAGAGCUGGCGCAGUUGAUGUUGUAAGGCACUGGCAAGACCUUGGCUACCUCAUUAUCUAUGUCACAGGCCGACCUGAUAUGCAGAAGCAAAGGGUGGUGGCAUGGUUAGCACAGCACAAUUUUCCCCAUGGGAUAGUCUCAUUCUGUGAUGGGCUUGUCCAUGACCCACUGCGGCACAAGGCCAACUUCCUGAAAACCCUCAUUACAGACCUCCACAUGAGGAUCCACGCCGCAUACGGAUCCACUAAGGAUAUUUCGGUCUACAGCGCCAUUAGUUUGCCACCCACGCACAUCUAUAUCAUUGGCCGACCAACCAAGAAAUUACAGCACCAGUGUCAGUUCAUUACUGAGGGGUACGCAGCCCACCUUGCCCAGCUGGAGUAUAACCAUCGCUCCCGGCCUGCUAAAAACACGACCCGGAUGGCACUGAGAAAAGGCAGCUUUGGUCUCCCCAGCCAGCCAGAUUUCCUGCGCAAGAGGAACCAUUUGCUACGUACCAUCUCCUCACAGCCCCCGGGGACGACCGGGAAUGCCAGCCACAGACCUGAACGAACGCAGAGCCAGUCGGACAGCGAUAGGGAGAGAGAGCGGGAGCGUAGCCAAAGAAGCAUGAGCAUUGCCACUGGGUGCUGGGGCCGGAGCGCAGCCUCAAAACUGGAAUCUGGCACUUUAGGUCAGAAGUAG